AUGAUCGCCUGGAUUUCCAUAAGUGCGGCCAUCGUGCUGAUCCUGUGCCCCCCGCACACCUCCUCGCGCAGCUACAGCAACGGCCUGAUCUUCUACGAGCUGCGCACCCAUCGACCCUACCUCCCGCCCACGGUCAGCGUGUCCAGGGGCCGCAACCUGGCCAGCGUCAAGUACUCCGAGAAGGGCUCCAUCUGGUCCACCUUCGGCCAGCCCUGCGAGUGCAGCGGACCCACCUGCGGCUGCUGCGCCGGCCUCAAGGUCGAUCAGUACCGAUUCGAUCAGAAAGUGUGCGCCAACGUGAGCUUCGUGCCGCAUCUGGAGGAGGCCCAACUGGAGGUCUUUCUGAAUGGCAGACCCUCCUCGAAGUACGGAAUCUCGGUGCGCAAUCCGGCGCCCUUCUGCAUUCCCGUCAUGAUGGGUGUGCCGAUGGCCAUGUGCGUCCAAAUGACCGACGUCAAGGUGGUGGGCAACAAUCUGAACAUGUGCAUGGACUUUGUGGUCCGGAUGGCCACCACCGAUCUCUUCGAGAUGCAUUUCCAGUGCAUGCAAAUGGGUCUGGAUGGCCUGCAGUAUGUGGACAAGAAUGGCAAGCCCGUGCUGCCGGUCGGCGAUGGCCAGAGCGACGAUCCGGAGGAGUACGAGUACGCCGAGCUGGAGGAUCAGCCGGAAGACUAUCCCUAUCGAGAGGAUGUCAAGGAUGUGGAGGAUCAAUCGCAGGGCUAUCAGCCAGAGAACAAUCAGCAGCAAAAGAAUACAACACUGGCCACUGAUCAGGUGGAGGAGGAUGACAUGGAGGAGAAUCAAUCGAUGGGCUAUCAGCCUCUCAUCAAUAACCAAGUCCAGAAGAUUGAGCCUCCUUUAAAUCUAGAGGAAGUGAGCUACCUACCUCAGAGGAAUCAAACCCUUAGCGAGCCAGCUAAACAGGAUCAGCUGGAGGAAGAACAACCAGGCUAUCAGACACUGGGUCAAAUUAAGGUCGAGUACCAAACUGAAGAAAAGCCUGCGGAAAAGCUGCCGGAGAUCCAACAACCUACAGAAGACACGUUGGAUGAAGAGGAACCAACGGGCUAUCAGCCACCGAUUGCGAUGGAUCCCCCGCACAAAGCUCAAGAAGAACAGCAACCUGCCGAGGAUCACCAAGAAGAGGAGGAGGAGGAGGAAGAUGAGAAGGAGGAGGAGAAGACUUCGGAGAGCGAAGGAGAUCAUCAGGAGGACGAAGAAGCCGAUGAUGUGGAGCCUCUGCCAAUCGAAAGUGAAAUGCUAAUGGCCAGCGAUCCGGCAGAAGAAGCAACUCCCGCAGAAGAAGCCGAAGAAACGCCAGCUGAAGACGCGAAAGAGACGGCAGCAGAGGCGGCGGAGAAAGAGAAAGAGACGGAGAAAGAGACAGAGACGGAGCAAGAGACACCUGACAAUGACAAUGGUUAUGGCGAGAGUGGCCCGAGGCCAAGUCAGGUAAUUGAAACAAUUACCAAUUCAAUAAAAGCCACUGAGGCGCCCACAACAACAACACCAACAACCACAACAACAACACCAACAACCACAGCAGCAACAACGAAAAUACCAACAACAACCACAACGACAAAAAUACCGACAACAGCAACGACAUUUAACAAGCCAAACAUUGGUAUUGAUGACACAAACAAUGGGGAGAAGACAGUAGAAGCAGAGGGUGAGAAGACAGUGGAAGAGACGGAAGAAGAGAAAGAGGAGGGGGAGACAUCUGAAGAAGGGGAGGCAGAAGACGGCGAAGAAGACGCGACAACAGUGGCUGUUGAAAUGGAAAACGAUAGUGAUAAUGAGAUAAACGUGGACGAUGAUGAAGAAGGUGAUGAUGAAGUGGAGAAAAAAAACCGGGUGAAGGAACCCCCAAGCCAGGUGAUCAAGGGGGAGAAGAAACAGGAAGAGGGAGCGGCAGAAAAGGUCGAGGAGGGCGCGCAGAAGGGGGAGAAAGAGCAGGAGAAAGAGCCGGAGAAAGAGACGGAGAAAGAGCCGACGAAAGAGGUGAAGGCAAGUCAUGAGGAAAAGGUCAAUCCGAAAGACACAGCAUCUGAAGAAGAUGAAGGAAAGGAUAAAGAAGCAGGAGAAGAAGGGGAGGAUGGCAAUGAAGAAGAAGAGGGAGACGAAGACGACGAGGAGGAAGAGGAAGAAGAAGAGGAGGACGAUGCAAAGGAAGAAGGCGAGAAAGACGCUGCAAAGGAAUCUGCUGAAGCAGCAAAGCCCGAAGAAAGCGCUGUGAAAAUUGAUGAACAUGCCAACGGCUAUGAAAAUGCCUAUGUAAAUCCGAAUGCAAAUGAAAAUGCCUAUGCAAAUGCGAAUGAAAAUGAAAAUGCGAAUGAAAAUGCAUAUGGAAAUGCAUAUGCGACGCCGGCAGCGAAGUCGUUGUCCCGACGCCGCCGACUGCGCACCCGCCCACUGCCACGCCCCCUGAGGAAACACCAUUAG